AGUGCGGUAAGGAGUAAGCAGCGGAAAAAUACGAAACGCGCGGACGUAUACGCGUACGCACGCUCGUCGAGCAGACUUCAAAGUAUAUUAACUUUUUUUUUCGAAGAGGAAGAUGAAAGCGGUAAUCUCGUGGCACGUGAAAAAUCAAGAAAUGAUUGUGGUGUAAGGUGUGCGACAGAAUAAAAAGUAUGUAUGGUGCAGUUCGUGAAGAAGUAUCUGAAAGUUGGUUACACACGUAUGACUUGAGCAGUACAAUGAUUCCUAAUGUUAGCUCACCGAUAACCGAUGAAGAACAUUUUUGCAAGUUUAUCUUAUACAAAGAAAUCAAAGAUUCAAGAGUACGAAUAUGGGAUAUUGUCAUAUUGAUACCAAACCUCUUGUUUCUUUUAUUCAUCGCGAUCAGAUUUAACAGAGCACGGCUUAAAUUGCGAGCAACGAGUAGUCCAAUAUUUUUUGCUUUUUACGGACUUGUCAUUUGUAACAUAGUUAUUUCGGUGAUACGAUGCGUCGUUUCGAUGACUGUGAACGCAGCAGCCACCGUUGGCGGUAAAGCGGAUAAAGUGCUCUGGGUUACGGUCAGAUUUUUUCUUUUAUCAACAGAGAUGAGCGUGCUUAUAUUUGGUUUGGCUUUUGGACAUUUGGAUAGUCGCUCAAGUAUUCGUAGGGUAUUACUUGCCACAUCAUUGAUAGCACUGGCUUUUACAAUAACUCAAGGAACUUUGGAAUUAGUUUUACCAGACGAUACAUUCCGUAUUCCUAGUAGAAAUUUGUAUGUAUUUGGUCACGGGGGCAUGAUGUUUUGGUUCUGCAGCAGUCUUGUUUUCACAAUGAUAUACCUUUUUAUAUUGAUACUGCCAUGGACACGGUUAAGAGAUCGUUUAACCCUUCCAACAAGAAAAAGUUUUUACAUUUAUGCUGGUACGUUAGCCAUGCUAGACCUAGUACAAUCAAUUGGCGCAGGCUUUUUAAACUAUACACAAAAUCCUGUAGGAUUAUGUAUCGUGGAUUUUACUGCAAUUGUCUAUUUGACCCUUUUUACACCUUUAGUUUAUCAUACGUUUCUGUCUGAGUUCUUUGGGGUUUCACAACCUUCUAUAAUGUUCUCCUACAAGGCACAAGUAGACGAUGCAAUGGACGAAGAUACAGUGUCAUUGCCGCAUCAACAGAGUUUCUCUUCGUUAAAAACAGACAGCGAUUAUAUUUAUCAGAAUCACAGUGUUUAUGACUCGACCCAAUUCGACACAAACUCAACACCGGUGAAUCCACUCUACGCUGCGUCUCUUCAAAGUCCGGAUAGCAUAACCGGUUACAGUAUAGAUAGUCAAGAAGGCCAAACUCAAGCGAACGGUUAUCAACAGUGAACAAAUGGGAGAUGCGUGUAGAAUAAGUGAAAUAUAUGGAUUCAACGAUUUCUUCAACGACUUGUCGAAGGUGUUCCGUUUGAAAGCAUUGUUCGAUUUCCCCUGUACGAAAGGAUCAGGAUGGAAUCUCAAGGAUUCCAGUGAGAAAGAAUCUAGUCGCUCUCAACGUUCUCGGAGCAACGUGACAACGGCAGGAACGUUUUUAUCAGAGGUGUGCGAGUACUUGUAAUUCACAAGCCGAGCUGAAUUCGCUUCGAUUGUUCGAGCCGAGUCGAGUACUUGAAUUUGCCGAAUUACUUGAAAUCGAUCAAAUGUUUGAAACAAAAGCGAGCUACUCGAAUAUUCGAGCCGUCGUAAAACUUCGAUCUACUUGAAGAUUUUUCAGCUCGAAUAUUCGAGUAGCUCGCUUUCGUUUCAAAUAGUUCGUCAAUUUCGAGUAAUUCGGCAAAAUUCAACCGACCGAUCAUGGUUUGACCCGAAAUUCGAGUACUCGCACACUUCUAGUUUUAAUUUCUUUGUGAUAGCGAAGAAGAACCUCCGAAGCUGUUUCAAACAAAUCCCAGCUAUUGAAUUUCUUCGCUCUUCGUACUUAAUCGGUUAGAGAAUUCGUUUCCAUAGAGAGAAAGAGAGAAGAGUCUCGCGUAGAUAAGGAUUUUCAUGAUAAUAGAUAUAUCGAAUCGUAUUGGUGAUAAGCGAUCCCUACAUGUACAUUCGUACUUCAUCGAGACUUGGAUUUCAAAUUGAUUACUUAUCGUUUCUCCGUCCUCUUCACCAAAGAGACCUUCGAUCACGGGCGUGAAACGUACACGCAAGAUCGAGCACGAUUAGCGCCGAAUGUUCCUCGCUAUUUUCCUACUUUUUGCAUUAAGAGACACCUUUUCGAUCGGAACGACGCAAAGGACAAUAGAAGCCGUCGAGACGAGCACGGCGACGAGGAUCGAAACAUAUUAAUUCAAAGUUAAGUCUAAGUUACAUUGGUAAAGUACUAGCGCUAGUAUACUUUAUCAUUCGGGCUUAAAAAGCCUAGGUUACAUCGAUAAUAUACUCUAUACUAUUUAGGCUAAAAAAGCCUAGGUCUCUUUAGUAAUAGAGUGUAAAGUAACUCUACCACUAGCCCUUUCUCCAUCGUUCCAAUGCACUAGCGUUAGUAUACUCUAUCGCUUAGGCUUAGAUCCUAAGUUACACUGCUAGAGUAUACUAACGCUAAUAUAAGUAGAACGAUGAGAGUGCAAGUGGUAAAGUAAUUCUACCAUUGGUAUAUUAAAAUCACUCUGAUAUACUAGCGCUAAAUAGUGAUAAGAGAAGGCUAGUGAUAGAAUUACUCUACCACGGUACCUACACUCUACUAACCCUUACAAUAUUCAGUCAAUCACUUGCCUGAUCGUUUACGCAAGUAUAGUAGACAAAUUUUACUUAUUAUACACUGGUGAAAUUAAUUCUGGACAGUUUGAUUAAAAAUAUUCAAGCAGAAAAUGUAUAUUCUGAUACCAUGAUUGAUAUCGUAAUAUUUUUAUUGUAAUCACAUUAUUUGGUUUGUAAAUGUUUUAAAAUUUUAAUUUAAAAAAAUCUAAACGUGGCAACAGGAAACGUCGCAUGAUGCGAAAUAGCCAAUUACAGGAUGAAAGGACAUCUAACAAAAUAUUAAUUUUUUUUACUUCUUUUGAUGUGUUGAAAUUGUAAUUUUUAUUGUAUAUUAAAAAUAUGGCUGUAAAUGGUCUUUUUACUUUUAAAAUUAGAAAACAAUGAUUAGAAUAUAAAAUAUAAAUGAUUAUAUAUUAAAUAAUUUGAAUAAAUGCGGAAUUUAAGUAAAAAUUAAAAAGUGUCCAGAAUUAAUUCUACUAGUGUAUAAUAGUAUACUCUGCCAAUGUAACCUAGGCUCUAAGAAGAAACAUCCUUCGAUGCUUCGCUAACUAAUUACGAAGACUCCAUCCAUCGUAUAUGUAUAUACAUACCCCUGUACUCUAGUGUAAAGGAUCGUGCUAUUUAUAUAUUAAUAUAUACGUACGUGCAUAAGUAACAUUAUAUUUAUCGAUAUUGUACAUCCGUACUCGUAAUGUGCUAGUUUUGGCAGACAUGCAUCGAGCACGGCUAAUUAGCCUUUUUUUUCUCAAUUUGAUACGAAAAAAGCGGCGAUAAUCCCUUGUUAAUUUUCGACAAUUAGCCUGUUGAAAUAUUAGUAAAAAUACUCAUUGUUGUUUUUUAGUUUCGUUUCAGCUAGAUCUCGAAUAUUUUCCAUUUCAUGCAAGAGGAUGAACGAUUUUUCUACGAAUUUUGCUUAACACGUUGACUGCCACGGGGGGUCCAUCAUCAAAUUAAACAAUAGGACCAUUUUUAUCGUGGCAAUGAACGUGUUGAGGGAUCCGAUGUUGAAUAAGAAUUUUAAUUGACCUAACGACAUCGAGUACCCUCGUAGGAUAUCAUUGGCGUCGAAUACCGUGAAAUUAGUAGCAAUAUACUUAACUAACUAUGUAUUUUAUAGCGUCUGAUCCAAUUCGGAUUUGUAAAUAAAAUCGGAUUCGUUCGACUAGUGACAAACAAGCAACGAGUCUCUCUGUCAAUUUGCAGUCGGUUCAACUUUCGCACUUUGAACUACUCGUUCUAUCUUGUACUCGUAUCUGUCUGACAAUGUGAUGUCUUUAUUCUAUUUUACUUUCGUUCAUUUCGUUAUCGGUGAUUGUCAGGUGGGUUGUAAAAGGCAAUACUUCGAACGCGUCACGCGAUUAUUAUAUUUAAUGAAAAUAAAAUUACAUUUCAAUCGAA